UACACCAGUCUGGUGUAUAUAAGCAUUGGGCUUGUCCUAACCAUCUCACACAUCCCUCCAGUCAACUAAGUUGUCGACAUGUUGGAAACCAUUUCUGAAUUCUAUCGGACGUCGCUAAUUUUCUGGAGUAAUCUAAUCGCCAUACUCCUGCAGUUUGUAAAUAUCACGUGUGGCCGACAUACUUCCCAGGAUCACAAUAAACCACAAGCCGAAGAUGACAAUCUGCAAUUCUACAACAUGAUCUCCAAGACCAUGGAAUCCUUCGUCGAGGAGGAGCUGCAGAGGGUCCAGCGGAAGGUCCAAAUGCACGCCCAAGUGGAUCUGCUCCAUCGACUUCUCGUCCAGCAGCAACUGCAGGAAUUGGAACGGCGCAGACUUAUGAGAUUGGCGGUGGCCAGAAGGCGUCUUGAGUACUCCAAUUAGCAAACAAAUUAGCUCAAUCAUCGCAUUAUUGUUUAGAUUCAUAUUACGCUUUGUUGUUCGGUGUUUGCAUUUUUAAGUGGAAGCUAGCUACUCCGAGUUAUGUCAAAUUAAACAACAAGAAAGGAAGCUAGCUUUGGCUCGCCGAAAUUUGUAUACUCUUACGUUGCAGUUGAAUAAUUAUGAGUUAAGCCA